CAAGAUCAGUCGCAGUUUGCUUGUCAGUCUCGUCGCGUCGUGGGUGUUGUUUCACUUUCUGUGCUUCAUAUUUUGUGUAUCUCUCUAUCUGUAUCUUAAACGACAUCUGCUGCAAACUGUAUCUGUAUCUGAAGCUGUGACUGUGACUGAGUCUGCUUUUAAGUGCCCGAUUAGCCGUCGGUGUUUAGACAAAAAAACAAAUAGAAUUUGUGUGCUCCACAAAAUGAGCGCUAAUUCGAGUACGGAGCGAGCCAAACCCGUUGAGACUUUGGUGCUGGCCAACUAUGCCCUGAAGGCGGAACAGAAGCGUGCUGCCGGCCAAGGAGGUCGCAAGGAGGAUGAGCGAAUCACGAGUGCCGUAAUGAAAGUGCUCGAGGGUUACGACUGGAAUCUGGUGCAGGCAUCUGCCAAAGCGCCUUCUGAUCGCAAAAAGGAGCACAUUAAGCGGCCAAUGAAUGCAUUCAUGGUCUGGGCUCAAGCAGCUCGUCGUGUGAUGUCCAAGCAAUAUCCGCAUCUGCAGAACUCGGAGCUAAGCAAGUCAUUGGGCAAGUUGUGGAAAAAUCUGAAGGAUAGUGAUAAGAAACCGUUCAUGGAAUUUGCCGAGAAACUGCGAAUGACGCACAAGCAGGAGCAUCCCGACUACAAGUAUCAGCCUCGCCGCAAGAAGGCGCGCGUCAUGCCACAAACGGAGGGAGGUGUUGCAGCUGCCACAGCAUCAAUUGCAAGCGAGACGACAACAGCCAUAAACAACAGCAGCAACAACAACACAGCCCCAAGACGCAGUUGUGGCAGUUCUACUUCUACAAAUGGACGACGCACAACAAAGACCAAUAACAACAACAACAACGGCAGCAGCAGCAGCAACCACAACAGCAACAGCAGCAGCAGCGUCACAAGCAGCUCCAAUGGACAACUCUGCAACGUCAGCAGCUCCAGUCCAGAUGUCUUUAGCAACGAGGCCUUCAUGAAGUCACUGAACAGCGCCUGCGCAGCGAGUCUUCUCGAACAAGGUUUGGCCAUGGACACAGAGCGUGGAUUGCUCGAUUCGCCCUGCUCAACGGCCAGUUCGCUGUCUUCGCUGACGCCGCCUGCCACGCCCUACAGCAAGCCACAACCGCAGCUAGCACCGCUGCCUAGCUCGAGCUUAUUGCUGCGCCAGCUGAGCGAACCCAACAACGUGGCUGUUGCCGUCUCUGCGAGCAAUGAUUAUGGCGUGUUGCAGCUGGGAGCUGGACGGGAUUACAUCGAGCUUGGUGAGCUCAACUACAGUACGCCAGUUGGCGGCAGUGCAGCUGUGCAGGAAAUGGACUUUCUGGAGAGCAUCAACGGCUAUGGCUAUGCGAGCAAUGCGAGCACGCGUGGCAGCUACACAAACUAUGGCGGCUACCAUGGCACAGCUGGUGGCAACUUUACAGAUACUUCAGCGGCAGCUGCUGCGGCUGCGUCUUUGGCAACUGCUUCCGCUUCGGCAACAACAAGUGCGUCACACGUCAAUGGAGCGCUAAAUUACUUGGGCAGCGGGCCGAGCAAGGCAGCGGCGACGGCGGCGUCGGCUAUCGACAUUGAUCCCAAGGAAAUGGACCAGUAUCUCAUGGAUCAAAUGCUGCCUUUAGCGCAACAUCAUGUGCCCACAGUUGUGUCUGCUCACCACUCGCCUCCACUCAAGUCAUCUGCCUCGCUGUCCUCGGCCUGUUCCAGUGCCAGCUCGCAGCCAGUUGACUGCUUGGCCUCGCCCACCGCCUACUACGAACACAUGAGCUAUCCGACUCAGGCCCAAAACUCGGCUGGCUAUGCGACAACGGCACAAUAUAGCAACGUGACUGACACGUCGCAACAGGAGCUCCAGGUGCAUCAGCAACAACAUCAGCAACAGCAACAAGAGCAGCAACAUCAGCAGCAACAUCAGCAGCAACAACAACAACAGCAGCAACAGCUGACGCACCAGCAGCAACAUCAUCAUCUUUGGGGCACUUAUGUGAAUCCCUAAGCUGCUUCAUUUGCACAUUUGUCCGCACGCUCCUUCUACUAUCUGCUGCUUCUGUUGACCUUUAUGGGUCAGUCGAUGGCUUUCGUUUAUUGGUUUAUUGUCUGUGCAAUUCCUUCAUGUGGGAGGGUUCGUCCCACAGUGCGUAUACGUAUUCGCCUGGCUCCUCGAGGGUCUCUCGUCCAUAUUGUGCAAUUUAAGCUAAUCGCUGCGAUUUUCGUUUAUGGUUGAGACAUCUCGAUGCAGCACUCCCCCAUUGCCAAUGCCAUUCGAACAAUCCAUUUGCCACCCCCCAAAAACACAUUCGCUAUUCGAUAUUCAUAUUAUAUAUUCAGCUUGCAAAUGCGGCGUCAAUGAUAUCAAUACCAUAUACACUUUAUAUUGCAUCGUUUGUCUGGCUUCAAUGCUUUGCUUUCCUUAGAAUACUAAACGGGGUUAUCCAACAAUACAAUUUCCAAUUCCUAUUGCAAAGACACACACAUAGUAUAAUUAUUGGCUUGAUCUGAGUUUAGCCAGUUAACCUAGGCAUAAAGUGCGUUUAUAUAUUUAAUUUAAUUCGGCUGAAAGAUUUCUUUCCCCUUUCGCUCUGUUUUACUUCUUCAACGUUUAUGCAUUUUAGCAAUUGUAUUAUAUUUAUGUAAACAAAUGUAUUUUAAAUUUAUUUAAUAAAUUAUAUUGU